CAGAAUAUGUGUGAAUUUUAAUUAUAUUAGCAUUGUAUUUUAUCUCUGCUAAAGUAAGGCGCAGUGCUCUUUAAACUUUAUUAUCCUGGCAACUAACAUUAAAGAAAGAAAAUAAAUUCCUAUUUCAAAACUUUAUCUUGCAUAUGCAAAAUAAUAACCAUUUACUCAAGCUAUCAUGAAAAAAUAAACCAAUUUCUGUUAUCAUUUUAAAUACGCGUAUUUUUCAAAAUGUACAAAUUGCAAAAAAUUAUUUCAAGAUCUAACAUAAAAUCGGCAUAUUUAUUCUCUUCGCAUCGUGAAUAUGCUAAAGAAAUACGAUUUGGACCUGAUGUUAGAGCACAGAUGUUACGAGGAGUAGACAUAUUAGCAGAUGCAGUAUCUGUUACAAUGGGACCUAAAGGGCGGAACGUAAUUUUAGAACAAACUAUCGGUCCACCAAAAAUAACGAAAGAUGGAGUAACUGUUGCAAAAGGAAUAGAAUUAAAAGAUAAGUUUCAAAAUAUUGGUGCUAAGCUUGUACAAAAUGUUGCGAAUAAAACCAAUGAAGUAGCAGGAGAUGGAACUACAACAGCUACUAUAUUAGCUAGAGCAAUUGCAAGAGAAGGUUUUGAGAGCAUUUCCAAGGGGGCUAAUCCCAUUGAAAUCAGAAAAGGCAUUAUGUUAGCAGUAGCAACUGUUAUAGAACAACUAAAGAAAAUAUCGAAGCCCGUUAAAACAUCUGAGGAAAUAGAACAAGUUGCUACAAUUUCCGCAAAUGGUGACAGUAGUAUUGGGAAACUAAUUGCUUGCGCCAUGAACCGAGUUGGCAAAGAUGGUGUUGUUACUGUGAAAGACGGUAAAACAUUAGAUGAUGAGUUGGAAAUAAUAAAUGGAAUGAAAAUAGAACGCGGAUAUAUUUCCCCCUACUUCAUUAACUCCACCAAAGGCCCGAAAGUUGAAUAUCAUGACGCGCUCAUUCUUUUUUCUGAUAAAAAGAUAUUUAAUGCUAAUCAGAUUGUGCCUGCAUUAGAAAUAGCAAAUAUGCAAAAGAAACCCUUAAUUAUAAUCGCUGAAGAUUACGAAGGCGAACCCAUAUCAGUGUUAGUAGUAAAUAAACUAAAAAUAGGAUUACAAGUGGCUGCUAUUAAGGCACCAGGAUUUGGUGAGUAUAGAAAAAAUACAUUAAUUGAUUUGGCUAUCGCAACUGGUGGUGUAAUAUUUGAAGAUAAUGAAAAUUUAAUACGAUUAGAAGAUUGCCAACUAGAAAGCUUGGGUAAAGUUGGUGAGGUGAUAAUUACCAAAGAUUCGACCCUAUUACUGAAAGGACAGGGUGAUAAAGCAGAAAUCGAACAACGUAUUGAACAAAUAAGAGCAGAAUUUGAAGACGAAACAAGUGAAUUUGAACGAAAAAGAUUAUUGGAUCGUAUUUCGAGACUAAAGUGUGGUGUGGCUGUUUUAAGAAUUGGUGGUUGCAGCGAAGUGGAAGUAAAUGAAAAAAAAGAUCGUGUUAAUGAUGCUCUUAAUGCUACUCGAGCAGCAAUCUCAGAAGGGAUAGUGCCAGGUGGUGGUGCGGCUCUUAUACGAUGUAUACCUGUAUUGGAAAGUCUUACACCAGCUAAUUCUGAUCAAGCAUUAGGCAUUGAUAUAAUUAAAAACGCUCUAUAUACUCCAUGUUUAACAAUAGCCAGUAAUGCUGGCUACGAUGGGGCUGUCAUUGCAUCUAAAGUUGAGCAUUUGGAUACCAACUAUGGAUACGAUGCUUUAAAUAAUGAAUACGUGAAUAUGAUUGAAAAAGGUAUUAUAGAUCCAACCAAAGUUGUUCGAAGAGCAUUAACUGAUGCUAGCGGAGUUGCAUCGCUUUUAACUACUGCAGAAGCUGUUAUUUGUGAGGUGGCAUGUGAAAAGGCAAAUUCUAAUCAAACCUUAGGUCCUGGCAGCCCAGGUGUUACAAUUUAUUAAAGUUUGUUGUAUGAAA